AUGCUUGGAAACGGGCCAGUGUAUGCGGCUGUUGGCAAUCACGACAGUUUCAAUCAGGCACAAGAUGCUCCGCACGCCAUCGGGGGAGAAUUGGCCCAACAAUUCAGUUGGAAUUACGACCACCUCGCUAGUCUUUGGGAGCAUGAACACUGGCUUCCAGAAGCUGCUGUGAAUUUGGCCCGUACCCACUAUGCCGGCUACAUGGUAAAACGAUCGGAUGGAUUGCGGAUCAUUAGCCUGAACACAAACUUAUGGUACAGAAGGCUCACUGAGAUAAACAGAGCCAAUUAUUUCAACUAUAUUAAUAUGACGAAUCCUGAUACAUCCGGGAUGUUGCGGUUUCUAACGGACGAACUUCAAGAUGCAGAGGAUUCUGGAGAUAGAGUAUGGAUCAUCGGGCAUGUAAUUAGUGGCUGGGAUGGUACAAACCCACUCAGAAAUCCAACCAAUCUCUUUUACCAGAUAGUUGAUCGAUUCAGCCCUCAUGUCAUAGCCAGUAAGAUCCAGUUUGAUUCGGCAAAACAUAAAUUGAACACGUUGCAGAUAUUUUUUGGGGACAGUGCGUAUGCCUUUCUUCUUGACGAAGAAGCUCAGACCAAAGCUUUGUCUAGCACUCAUGAAGACCAGAUGAGCAUUUAUUAUGCCAAUAAUGGCACGACAAUGUCAGUUGAGACUGCUCAAACCCUUGCUUGGACCGGACCUUCAAUAACACCAGGAACAAACAUAAACUCUGGUUUCCGGCUUUACGAAGUUGAUACUGCGACUUUUGAGAUUCUGGACGCACAUACGUGGAUCAGCGACGUCAAUUCUUACCCCGCUCUUGAUGCUCAAGUUGCUCUUGGGCCCACGUUUUCGUAUGAGUAUAACACCCGACAGACAUAUGGGGGCACAAUUACUGAAUGGGGACCAAACGAUCCCCUGAAUGCAACGUGGUGGCAUCGGGUCACAGAAGCAAUGGAAGCUGAUUCUGGUCUGGUCACCGUGAGUUAA